AUGGGGGUGCUUGUAUUCUUUGACAUAUUCACAUUCACAAUGACUGGCCUACAGAAAUUGGUUCUGAUCGCAAAGUUUGCCCAGCAGGCGGUGAAAUGGUACGAUGAAAUGGCCGCUGCCAUGAAGAAGAUGACAGAGACAGGUGUGGAGUUGUCAAACGAAGAGAGAAACCUUCUUUCAGUUGCCUACAAGAAUGUGGCAGAACAGGAGCAGGAAUUGGCCAAGGAGAAGAUAUUGAAGGAGCUCCAAGAUACUUGCUACUAUGUCCAGGAUCUCCUGAACAAGUAUCUCAUCCCAAAAUGUAGCAACAAUGAAUCCAAAGUGUUCUAUCUCACUAUGAAGGGAGGCUUGAAUUGGUAUAUGGCAGAAGUUGCCACCGGAGACUCUCGGUUGGAUGUGAUGGAGGAAUCCCUGAAGGCGUAA